AUGGAAACAGCAGGCAUGGGCAGCUUCAAGGUGGAGCUCUUCUUGGAUCAGAUGCCUUUGACGGCCUCCAACUGGAUCGACUUGGCCAAAACAGGCUUUUAUGACGAUGGUAUCCACUUCCACCGGGUGAUCCCCAACUUCAUGUGCCAAUUCGGGUGCCCCUACGCCAAAGACCCCAAGAGCCCUCGUGCGGGCACCGGCGGCCCCACCGCCGGAGAGUUUGAAGUCUUGGGAACGGAUCAAAAGGCCUACAGGGAUAGCGGCGGGAACAUCGAGGACGAGUUCACCACCAAACUGGGAAACGAGCCAGGUACGCUGUCCAUGGCCAACACGGGACAACCCAACUCGGGUGGCUCGCAAUUCUUCAUCAACGUGAACAACAACAGCUUCCUGAACUGGUUCGAUCGCUCCACUCCUUCGGCCCAUCCAGUCUUUGGCAAGGUGGUGGAAGGCUACGACCUGAUCGAAAAGAUCUCCCAAGUGCCCACGGACAGUGGUGACAAUCCCAACGAGCCUGUGAAGAUGAUCAAGAUCACGAUCGAUGGUGCCUUCUACCAUUGGAUUAUCCAUGCAUGCCAGACCAAGCUCCACAACCCCGAGGCCGCGCGUUGGUUUGCAGCUCGAAUGGAAAAGUCCGGGCUGAAAGCCAAUGUCGUCACGUUCAACUGUAUGAUUGGCUCCUGCUUCAAGAAUGGCGACUUGGACCUUGCACGCUCUUGGUGGGAUGUCAUGGUUGCCAGUGGCAUCAAACCCAACCGCGUGACCUACAACAUCCUGAUCAGUUCGUGUGCCAAGAUGCGCGAUGCCGCUGGCGCCGAGAAGUGGAUGUUGCAAAUGAUCGAGCAAGGUGUGAGACCCUGUACCGUCUCCUUUACGGCAGUCAUCAGUGCAUUUGCCAAGAUUGGAGAUCUGGAAUCUGCAGAAAGCUGGUUUGGGCACAUGGAGGAUUCGCAAGAGGCAGCGGAUUCGGUGGUUUACAACAGCAUGAUCAACGCGUGUGCCAAGGCCGGCGACAUCGAGCGGGCUGACCACUGGCUGGAACGCAUGUUGCAGGCUGGCGUCAAACCAGACGACAAGACCUACAACAGCGGGGGUGCAGAGUCAUCGGCUGUGGUUUUGAUGUUCCAGACGGGGUUUAGCUGUUGGCAUUGCUUGUCCUUGUCCUUCCCUUUGGCUGGACGGGUUCGCGGAAGGUCUGAUGCAUGCUUGUGGCCGCAACGGAAAUCCUGA